AACGCCAAGAUGUCAUAUAUGUUGCCGCAUCUUCACAGUGGAUGGCAGGUUGAUCAAGCUAUUUUAUCGGAAAAAGACAGAGUUCUCGUGAUUCGUUUUGGUCAUGACUGGGACCCCACUUGCAUGAAGAUGGAUGAGGUUCUUUACAGCAUCGCCGAAAAGGUGAAGAAUUUUGCAGUCAUCUACCUGGCCUGGUAUCUACCAGACUUAAACAAGAUGUAUGAGUUGUAUGAUCCCUGCACUGUCAUGUUCUUUUUUAGGAACAAGCACAUCAUGAUAGAUCUAGGAACUGGAAACAACAACAAAAUCAACUGGACAAUGGAGGACAAACAAGAAAUGAUAGACAUUGUGUAAACCGUUUACAGAGGAGCAAGAAAAGAAAGAGGUCUUGUAGUUCUCCUAAAGAUUAUUCUACAAAAUACAGAUACUGAUGUUUUUAUUUUAUAUUGUGAUUAUUGUUAUUGGUCAGUGUAAUGUUUGGAUAUGUAUACUUUUAUAUAUGAAAGACAUCAGAAGAUACUGCCAGCA